AUGCCUCUCACAAAAGAUCUCCUGCACCCUUCUCCGGAAGAGGGGAAGACAAAACACAAGAAGAAACGUCUGGUGCACAGUCCGAUCUCGUAUUUCAUGGACGUAAAGUGCCUGGGGUGCUAUAAAAUCACCACUCUCUUUAGCCAGGCAAAAACAGUGGUUCUCUAUGUGGGUUGCUCCACUAUGCCCUGUCAGCCUGCUGGAGGAAAGACAGGACUUACAGAAGGACACUCCUUCAGACAGAAGCAGCACUGA